UGCACAAAUGCCUGUCCGUAGUCAUGAAUGAUUUCGAGGACGUCGACGACAUGUCAUUCGUGAUGGACAGCAACAACGAGGACGAGGAAAAUGGAGAGGGUAGUCAGACUGCCCCAGGAACUCAGGAAACACAGGGUACUAUCAACAACGAUGAGGAGCAACAGCAUGAGCUCGAACACGAUCUACAGCCGGACGCCCAACCACCAGCUCCUGAACGCUUGACACCGUCCCAGGAUCAUGAUUUCCAGAGUCAGGCCCCAGUGGUGGUGCGACCGAUGCUCGGGCCAGGACUGGCGAAUAUCCCAGAACCGCGGCCCCAGAAUGUAGAGACGGAGGAAUCGACUUGCUCUAUCUGUUUUGAGCAUUGGACAAACAGCGGGAGUCAUCGUCUGGUCUCUAUCAAGUGCGGACAUCUCUUUGGCGAGAGCUGCAUCCUAAAAUGGAUGGCGCAGCGUGGCCGAGGCGGAUGUGCCAAAUGUCCAGAGUGCAACCACCCAGCAAUGCGUAAGGAUGUACGGAGGAUCUGGAGCAAGUCUGUCGUGGUAGUAGACACUGCCGAGAAGGACGAAGCUGUAGCGCGCGCAAAGAAGGAACAGGAGCUGCGGUUACGAUGUGAGCAAGAACUUGUACAGUCGAGGAUGGCGUACGAAAUGCUGAGAUCCGAGAUGACCAGGCUGCAGAACAAACAUGACCGCCAGAGGGCAUUCAAAAUCAAAUACCGUUCGACGCUCAACCAAAGGAACAUCACAAAUACAGCGCUGAUCGCUGCAACAGACGCCUCUUAUGCACAUUAUAGAACCAUCGCUGCUCCUGCCAUGCCUGCGGGAACAGCGCAAUACAUGUCGUUUCGGAAAGACGAAGAAAUGUUUGUUUGCACGAGACAGAUCAAUGAGAUUCAUGGAGUCACGAGAGUAUCAAUGCGGGACUUUUCUUUGCAAGGCAUUAUACCCAUCCACACGCAUGCCAUAAGGGAUUUACAGUGCUACACCUACAGUCCUGCGGAAAACAGAUCACUAGUACUCACUGCAAGCAUGGACAAAACUCUCAAAGUGACUUCUACUGAAUCCCAGUCUAUGCUGAUGUCAUAUGAUCUGAAAGCACCCGUAUGGUCAUGUUGCUGGUCGGCAUCAAAUCCCUUUGCGAUAUAUUGCUCCGUCAAGGGCAAAGAGACGAGUAUCCUCACCCUCGACCUUCGAUUUAACAACGGUCCUGUCGCAAGCUGUGCUCAAACUAGUCUGGUCGGACAUUCGCCCAUCCACUCCAUGACACAUAUUGGACUUUCGCCUGAUCAAAAACGAGAAGGUAUUCUGUGCGGAAAUCUCGAGGGAGCUUUCUUAUACAAUUUUGACGCUAGCGAACAUGCUGGUGGUACAUCCUUGGCGUCAUACGCAAGUGCCAGUCAAGGAUCAGUCUCUGCAGAGGUCGGGAAUGGAAACUUCGCAAGUCAAGAUCAAGGACGGCGCAGGCCUUUUCGGCUUCAGGGCGGUAGUUGCUCUUCCGUAUCCUUCGAUGCUGUUUCUCGUCGCUGGAUGGCUUCGUACAAGUUCCUUGGGGAGCCCUAUACACGGCAUGUCCGAGGCCACCUUGAUCAAGAUCAGUUCUCAGGAGACUUUGUGCUCAAAUCUGAAUACAGGGUGGUUGGAGGGCCUCCUGCGCCAUGCAUGUCAAGGAGCAGCGUGUUUUCUCGUUGUGAUGGAUCUGUCUGCAUGGCUGCAGGGUCAGAAGGCGUGACGUAUAUCUGGAGCGGAGCGGCCAAUAACGGUGCGCUGAAUGAGAGCGGACUCAGUAGCAAUACGCCCAGCAGCAGUCAGCAGUCGUCGAUAUCAAUGUUCUCCAUGCCUUCUUCGCAACCCCCUGCCGGCGAUGGUUCACUUCAACGGCUGUUGCUCCAGAGACCAGGGAUACGGCCGAACGAGAGACCAGGCCCGAUCAAGGAUGUCAAGGCGGUUGUUAUAAAUAACGAGGACUACGUUGUGACUCUUUCCGACCAGGAACUGGAGGUCUAUCGGUGGUCAGAGGCGCGAUGCCGUGUUCGGGUGGGGGAUGAAGAGCUUGAGGACAGCGAUAGCGAUGAGGACAUUAUAAGGGAGGAGAGCCGUCCGGGGGCUUUCGAUAAGGGCAAGAGGCGUCGAAUGGAUGACGAUAUCCUGGUGCUAGAUGCGGACUGGUAGCGAAAGAAGAGAGAGGACAAACAAAGGAAGCGUGCGAAGUAUCAAUAGGGAUAUCGUGUCCUUUUCAUCUUUAUUAACCUCCGCGUCGGAGAAGGAACUCUGAAUUGUACAUAACUCUGUAAAGCAAAAGGGCAAUUUGGUCUUGUAGGAAUCAAAACAAUGUACAUGUACCGUAGAUCAAAGUAGACACCAUUUUGCGGCAAGGUAAAGCUGAGCAAGGGGGAGUAAUGAGUGAACGCGCCAAAUCUUGAAGCUGUUCCUGAGUGGUCAGUUUCCUGUCUGAUACAUUUUUUUCAAAGCCCGUUUGUGGAGCACAGAUAAGAUAAAGUGAUUUAAGGUUAUUGUGCCGUUUCUGGAAUGCUUCUACUCUCGGCAACAGUGCUAUCGUUAUAUAGAGAGAUGGAUCAAGCGUUUUAAUCAAGUGGGGGUUAGUCUAAUUACGCGUUUUGUUUCUUUACCCCAACAGAAUAGUGAAGAAAAGAAAAAAGACAGAAAGGAG